CUUUUCCUCCCCGGGUAUCUGAAAUCUGUACUCAUCGUCCCAGUGUUUCUCUCCCACAUUACACUUUUAGAAUCAAGUUCCAUGACUUUUAAGAGUUAUGUUUACGUCAGAGGGAUCAAGAGGUUUAAAUUUCAGUACCUAUUAAAUGAAUUUAAUUAUCCAACCAGUUCCAUUUGGAUACACUGUUACUGUUCUUCACUAAUCUAUAACAGAUUUUCCAGUAUUGUAAUUCUCAUUAAUAAAAUGCCCUCUGAAAGAGUAUUUUCUUUUUAUUUUUUUUAAACAAAAGUCUUCUCAGUAGACUAUGUUACUACUAUUUUACAAAUUCUAAACAGAAGCAUCAUUAUCCUGUAUGCUAGCUAAGUUUCCCAGGGAUUUAUCCUGUCUGAAAACAGCAGAACUAACUAAACUUGAGUCAUGAGAAGUCUAUCCAUAUAUCUAACUUACCCUGUUACUUCAUUUAAAACAUGCUGUGGAGAAAAAAAGGUAUUUUAAAAACAUCCUUGGUGUUUAAAAUUUGCUGACAGACUAAAAAGAAGAGGGUGCGGAAAGGAUAGCAGCAUGCUCUGAGAUCUCCAGGAUGUUGUCAGAGCACUGCUGGUGCCUGCAGCUGCAGCAGUUCAAGCAGUAGGGACAGCAGAAAUGCAGAGAGAAUAAGGAAACUGGAACAGCAGCAAGCUCUGCACUGCCUUGUAACACUUAUCUCCUAUUGAAAUGAGGAGCAGUGGCAGCAGGCAAAGGUAUCUGCCUCAUUCUGUUCACUGGAGCCAUAUGGGAAAAUUGACAAUACCCCUGCUGUGCUUGUGAGAGCAGCAAACAGGGACAUCCUGGGUGCUGCCCACGGAUCCUGCCCAGAGCUCUGCUGGCCACAGCUGCUACACACUGCACAGGGCACAGGCUGGGAACAGGGACCUUUCAAAGGAGCUGGUCCUUCACACUUCACCUGCUGCAAGGCAACUGAGAUCCUUUCAGGAGUUACAGUUUCCUUUUCGCUCGCAGCAAAACAUCAUCCAAUGGAAAUGUUCCAUCCCAGCUUGAAUCCAAAGCUACUGGGCACAUCAGUCCAAUGGAGCACUUGCAUUUCACUGAUGAUUAAAUCCACCAAAAUUAUGUAUUUAAUGCUUAUCAGCUGCAUAAUUUUAAUGUCAGGUUAUUUAGGACCUUGCUAAAUUAAUGAAAACCAAAAAAGCCUCCUGUGGAUAUUUCCAAAGUGUUGCAAGACUUAGAGAGGUUUAACUAUUUGACUUUUUACUGCAGCAAAUAUCAUCCCCACUUCUGCAAGCUUCUGUGCUCAAGUGACUACUAGGGCAAAGAGAAAGAGUCCUGUGAGCCCAUAAACACAGGAGUUCCCAACAUUAACAGUGAGUUUUACUGAACUAAUACAAUUUGCCUUAAAAGCACAAAAGGAAUCAAUGAAGUAUGAGUUCUCCUUUGUAGCACAAUUGGUGAGCAGCAGCAUAAGAAGCAUUUACUGCACUUUAAAACAUUUCUUCCUACACUGUGAACAUUUCAAAACCCUUUUACAGAUGUUGUUCAAAAAAAUCUUUCUAAUUCUUACAAGAGCUGCCCUAGUAAAUCAACCCCUCAGAAUGCACAGGAGAUUUAUAUCCUGGUUUUAAGUUUGAGUCCAGGGUGAGCUGUGACCAUGAACAGAAAUUCUCAUUAAAUAGAAAAAGGAAACAAAAUCACUAAGUAAAAGCUUAGAAAAACCUUUGAUGAAGAAUAAGCUAUCUAGAAAAAUAGCAACUGAUCUCAGUUUUAACAUGUUUUAGGGAGGACAAAAAGCAUCUAAAAUGUCAAGAAGAAACAAAAAGUACACCUGUACUUAUUUUUGCAUGUUGUUUUUUCUUGCCAGUUUCAUUUCUUUCAUUUCUCUUAGCUGGAUGUCAAGCAAUAUUAUUUUCUAUUGCAAUAAUGGCACAGUGAGUUCAUUAAUUUACUUUUACUGGAGAUACAUUCUAUCAAUGGAUGCUCAGCAUGUCUAACAGGUGGUUGACAUUAGUCAGGAAAUGAUUGAAAAUUGAAUCUGCACCCCCUGCUGCUAUUUGUGAUGGAACAAAUACUCUGCUGACACUUAAUCUGCCCCUUGCUGCAACUUCAUCUAACUUGCAAUUAAGGUAAAGAGGCCCAGCAUCUUUAUUCCCUGUGCUUCUCCUCGUUCUGAAAGUCUUGCAUCCAUCCUGGUAAUUUUUCUACCUUAAGCACACUUAAGGCUGGUGUUUCAGCAUUUUCCAGCUAAGCCCUUCUCACCUUCAUGUAUUUCUUCUCAUUUAGUUAUGGGAAGGGAGUACAAGCCACGCUAACUUCUAAGAGCAUUGUAUUAGAGUUAGAACACCACAAGAAAUCAAUGACUGCACUACUGGCCAAUAGAUUGGAAGGGGAAGAAGGACAGGGAAAGGAAAGGGAAAGGGAAAGGGAACUGCAGACAAAGGACUGACCCAAACAGUUGUUCAUAGAUUAUGAACAGACCUGGUGACAAAGACCUGGAUAUGAAUACUGGAAGAUUUUUCCAGUCCAGAACAGAAGAGCAAUGUGAGGAAAAACAGAGUUCUGACCUAGGCAGAGAAGGCUCUCAGCCUGGCUGCUCCUGGUGCCCAGGACAGAGCAGCUCCCAGCUCCCCAGGCAGCAGCUCCCUGCCACUGCCAGGCUGCCCAGCCAUGCUGUCCCCACCUGAAACAUAGCAUGUUCCAGUUCAUCUCGUCCACUUCUGCCUCUCAUACUCUGGCCUCUCCUAGAGGUGUCAGAGGAAGGUGUAAAACUUCCCAUAAAUAAUAAUUAUGGAAAAAAACUGCCCACAGGGAAAGGUUUUUCUCCAUAAGUUGUGUCAUUAGUGGUUGAUUAAAGCCCUUAAGAGUGAAAGUUUAUAUCCCUUCUAAAUUAUUUUUUUCCCCCAUGAGGUAACUAUGGCUCAAGAUUAUAUAUGAAUCCUACUAAUCUUCUGACCCAAGGAUAACUUUCAACAAUGCAUUUCAUAGAUUAAUUACUCACUGUAUAAACAAGUACCAGAUGUAUCUAAGUAAGGCAAAACAAGCCACUAGAAGGCAAAAAUUGGGCUCUUCCCCUGUACAAAAUCACAACUCUCUGCCUGGUUUCUUGUUUCUAGAGCUGCACAACAUUUCUUCCCACCUGAAAGGGAAACCAUCAAAUACCCCCAAACUCAUAACAGUUCAGACACAAAGAAAUCAUGGUGUCUCCUUGACAUAACCAGUGUCCUAACCAGCAUUUGACAUUAUUAAAUUCUAGCUAAUAUUCCUCCCCUCUUAUUCUGAAGAACAAAGGAUGUCUGAAAAAACCCAUAAGCACACCUCUCUGGAAAAUGUGGCAGGAUUUUUAAGGUAUAAAUCCUCCUUGAGCCAAAUUUAGUUUGAUCCAUUGGCUUAUACUAUUGUUGUGAAAAGCAAGCAAAAAUAGGAUCCAGGGCCUUCCUCUAAAUUUCGUCAACUUUUGAAAAGCUAGUACCCUGCCAGGAAAUAUUUGAGAGAGUCCUGAGCUCUCAGAGUACAAGGAAUACCCCUGAAGAAAGAAAAGCAUGAGGAACUGCCAGGUCUCUUCUGCCCUGUCACCUUUGCACAUUGUUCUGACUCAUGGGAAAGGGCACAACCUCUCUCCAUCGUGCACUACUGUAUUUUUUAAAAUGCCAGUCAAAGGGGAAGAAUUUAAACAAUAAAGGUAUGGGCUGUUUCACCAAAAAAAAUACAUUUUUUUUUCUUCGUCCUGAACCAAAAUGAAGAGGGGUUUGCAUUUACCCAAAGUUUCAUUGAGGGUCAUGAGCAAGAGCUUAGCUGUUUUACCAAUCUGGAGACACACAUUAGUAAAGGAAAAGCACAUGCCAUUUCCCUGCAAGUAUCUCAGUUUUAAUUCCUUCCCACUCAAAAGCAUAAGGAAAAUAAACCGAAUAAAGGGUAUGUAUAGGAAUUGUCUGCUGUGGUCUUGGGAACAUUUUUUAAUAUAAUCAUGUCUGCCUGCACUCAAUAUACAAUGCAAUGGAAUCCAAAUCCGGUAACUUUUAAAUAUCUGAAGUAUUUAAAUUGUUUCCUUUCUGCUAGAGUUUAAUUAACAUAAUGUUCUUCUGCAAAAGAGAUGAUUCUUACACAUAGAACUCCUUCAAAGCAGAUGGCAGUAAUUGCUGCAACAAAGGGUUUGCUGGCAAAGCAGAGACAGAGCUGCCCCCUCAGCCAGCAGGGAUCCGAUAUUAGCUCUUGGGGCUUUCUCGCUCUUUGCAAUGGGAAACAUACCUUGCUACAACAAGGCACAGGCUAAUUUAAGAGGCGGCAAUAACAGUUGCUGCACCACAUCAGACAACUGAAAAGAAUCCUGCUGGUGGUUCAAAAGGCCAGAAGUAAGAGUAGGUUUCAUGGUUAUCCUGUUUCUGGCAAAUCUCUACCUGUGACACGACUAUAAUUUUCACCACAUCAGACUUCUCUGUCACAACCAAAGUUUUAUUCCUAAUAAAUGGGAAUAGGACAUGGAUUAUAGGUUGGGGAAACUUCUGUUUACAAAACAUGUUCAUUCAGAGUUCUCAAUAUAAGGAAAAAAUAGCCACAUCUACAUGAAAAGCAAAUUGACAGAUUUAAUAAUAUGUUUCCAAAUCUGAGCCCAGCAAGAAGAUUUUUAAAAAAGCUUAUACCAUGAUUCUAAGUAAAUAAAACAACCUCUGCAUUAUUGCUGGAACUGAACCUCCCACAGGGCUUAACUUUCUGUGACCUUGUCCUGUGAACAUCUCUGUAAUAUGGUACAUACUAAAAAUAAUACAAUUAUAGUUGCAAAGACUUACCUAAAAUAGGAAAGCAGUUAAGAGACAUUCUUUAAGCCCACUGUUACAUGAAAUGAACUGCAGUGGGAGCUUCUAUACCCAUCUGGUCAGCAAAUAUUAGUUAAAAUGGAAAAAUAACUUUAAAAAGAAACCCUUAGAAUUCAUAAGCUAAAUAAAAUUAUAAAUACCAAAGACAAUUUCAGAGCAUCUUAUCACACAAAAACCCAAUAGUAUAAUAGCUAUUACCUCCUGCAACGUUAAUCAAAAGUCAUUAAAAGAGCUGCCACUGAUAAAAGGGAUGAGUUAAUGCAAGGAGAGUGGGAUGUCAUCUCAAGAAAAAGUACCUGACCUAACUUUAUUCUUUGUAAGAGUAUCCAUAGCUAACAUGGCUACAGCUUCUAAGGAAGAUGCUAUUUUAUGAUAGACCUUUUUACAUUUAAUUGUGUCUUCACUAAAAUGAUUCACAGGCAUUUUUUAAAACAGGUCUUAGAAAUAGCAAAUAAAUGUAUCAUGCUACAAAAGUUUAAAAAGUUUUUUGCAUUAACCUGACAUUAAUCUAAAGUACAGUACAAUUGAUCUUUAAGCUUUCUCUCUCCUUUUUUGUGAAGUUGGGGUUAACCAGGAUGACUGUGGUACAGGUUAUGUACAUUUGUAGUGCUCCUCCACAGUAAAUCCCAGGCUUCACCCCACAUCAGGACAAGGUGCCAUCCAUCAAUAAUGUUGAGGAUAGUAAAGUCUGCUACUCACAGCAGUAAUCCUGGGAUCCUCAAGGUGAACAAUCACAGAAUGAGGAUUUUCCUACGUUUUCCUUCACUGUUCCCAUGUACCCACUGCUCCUUUGGGUACCUUGGCUGGUGUCAGAAACAACUGAGCUAGGCACAGGACACUGACAGGUACAGCCCUGCCCCUGAGCCAGGGGGACACUGAGCUCAGCACAGGCUUUGGGAAACCAAAAGAUACCUAUGGAAAAGAUGGGGUUACUCUCUUCACAAGGGUUCAUAGUGACAGGACAAGAGGGGAGGGACACAAGCUGCCCCAAGGAAAACUCUCCCUGGGUGCAAGAAAAAAUUAUUGAUUCUGAGUUACACAUUGGAGAAGGUUGCCUAGAAAAGUGAUAGAAUCUGUUACUGGAAAUAUGGAAGUCUCAACUUGACAGGACCUUGGAUAACUUCAGGUAAAGACCCUGAUUUCAACACCAGUUUGGACAUUAUGAUCUCAUAUUUCUAGUACUCCUUCUAGAUAAUUGCCAACAUCGUAUAAAUUUUGACCUGGAAAGUGAGCUUUAUGUGAUCUUUUCAAAAGCACCUAAAAGCAGAAUUUGUACCCAGGAAAGCUGGAUUAUAGGUCUGAAAUGUUUUGGUUGCACAGCUUCCCUCUCCAUAGGACAGCUCAUAGAUGGAGUGAUCAUAUGGCCUGGAAAGACUCAAUUAUAUACGAGAUCUCUCAUGCCUUUCAACACCUCUGAGUUCCAUCACAGUCACAAGUCAUUAAUCCUUUUAUUGGUGUAGAUGGCACAGUAUGAGUUCUACUAAAGAAAUAACAAAGAAACAAGCCAAGGCACCACACAUUAAGUACAAUUUUAGUAUCAUCUGCUACGUCUUUCCAAUAUCUUUGAAAAUAAAUUAAUUUGUUCAAUAUUCAUGGUGACUAUACCAGGAUGUAUGCCAUUUUUAUGGAAGGAGCCACUGGUCCUGCAUUCCCAAGCAAUAAAAUCCUGUCAGCACAACUAAUGGAUGUCAGAUGAAUAAACUUAAAAGAGCAAACAAGGGCACUGUCAAAACCAUGUCAUCAACCCACAGGACUAUUUGUAGUGAUAUUAUACACUCCACUGCCUCCAGUCACAGCCCAGGAUAAUGAAAAUCCAUGUUCAGAUCUUGCAAAAAUUGACACAGCCUGGCUAAUAACCCACCAGAAUUCAGAAUCCAUACUAGAUAUUAAAAAGGCAGCUUUAUUUUUUGUGCUUUGCUUUCGAUGGAGAUUAAACAAAUUGAAGAGGCGAGGUUAUCAGGUCAUUAUUUGUGCAUUGCAGCUGUUCAGUCAGAGUUGGACAGACACUGCUUGCAUGGAUUGUUGUCUGAUUAAAAGGCAGCGUAAGUCUCUGAGAGUCAUAAAGGGGGAGAGGGGACAAGAUUGUGAUUAAGGAAAAAACCAAAGGCUGAUAGAGUAAUUGAGUAGAAAUAGUUGCACUUCUUCACAAGUCACAGACACCACCUAAAACAUCCUCAAGGAAGGAAACUGGAUGAGCACGUUCCAGAUUUGAAGUGGGAAUCAGAGCAGUGUCUGUCACUGUUCUACAUCAGAAAUCUGGACUGAAUCUUCCGCCAGGGGAAGAACAAGCAGAGCAGAAUGAAAGGUAACUGGCUUUUGGUUUGGAGUGUCAUCUUGUUGGCACACACAGCUCACAGCUGCCCUGAAAAAUGCCUCUGCUACACAGCCUCAAAGACUGCAGACUGCAAGAACAGAGGAUUUACUGAAAUUCCUGCCCGUUUACCUCCUGAAAUUCAGAUACUACAGUUGCAGAACAACCGUAUCUGGAGAAUCAACCAAAAUGCAUUCACUGCAACUCCGUUACUCAAAAUCUUGGACUUGUCUAAUAAUUCUGUCUCCAGUGUGGCACCUGGUGCUUUCCAAAAACUAAGGUAUCUACAGGUUUUAAACCUAACCAGAAAUUUGAUUCAUUACAUAGAAAACAAGACUUUCAGUUUCCUCCCACACCUAAAAGAACUGGACUUGUCAUCCAACAGCAUUAUUCGAUUGCCUGAGACAUUUGGAAACAGCACAGGGAAUAUAACAUUGCUCUCUGUGAAGCAUAACAAACUUCAGAAAAUGGAAAGAAUUCUGGUGGAGUCACUUCCAAACCUGAAAGUGGUUCUCUUCAAAGAUAAUCCCUGGCAAUGCAAUUGUAAUAUCUUUGGCAUGAAACUGUGGCUGGAGAGUUUUCUAUACAGAGGAGGAAUUAGCGAUGGCAUUAUCUGCUCGGCGCCAGGCGUUCGGAAGGGGAAGGACCUCCUCAAAGUCCCCUACGAGCUCUUUGGGGCCUGUCCUCUGAGGCCAGCUCCCAUGCAGCUGGCCAGCAGCCCCCAGCACAGCCCCGAGCAGCGGAGCUGGCCGAAGCACGGCCACCACGGCGAGCCGGGGGACGGCAGCCGCAGCAGCUGCGAGCCCAGGGCCAGGCCCAGGCCCGUCAGCCUGCGCCACGCCAUCGCCACCGUGGUGAUCACGGGCGUGGUGUGCGGCGUGGUGUGCCUGAUGAUGCUGGCAGCCGCCGUCUACGGCUGUGCCUACGCUGCCAUCACGGCCAAGUACCACAAGGAGCACUUGGCCCCCGUCAGGCAGCACGGGACACCCGAGGAAAAAGAGCCGUUCGAGAGCUCCAUGGCUUGAGUUGCCUCUGUCUUUGGCUUCUUGAAAAUAAAGCCCUCGCUGCAGUUGAAAAGCCUGGAAUCUCAAUAGCAUUGUUUUAAUACUAAUUACUGGGGUUAUUUUCUAUCUUUUUUUUUUAUAUCUACUUUUAAAAAAAUUAAAUAUAUAUAUUGUUAGUCUCCACUAAGACUUUGUAUAAACAAACAAACAGAAGUUUGUUUAUUUUGUGUGUGUAUAUUCCAAAGCCACUAUUUAGGGCUGAGUGUUUGAGAUCACAAAAUCUUGAUGUAAUGAGUUUAAAGUAUUUCACCAUCCUUUACUAACUCUUGAUGCAGUAAUAGACCAAGACAUGACCUAUGAUGCACAUGCAGUCAGUGGCUGACAGGAGAGGUGUUCUGCAAAGAAAAACAGAAAAUAGCCAUCUAACUUAGUUUAAUUAGUUGCAUUUGUACUAUCUCAGAGAGUACAAAUUACUGUUCAAUUCAAGAUGCAUACAAUUGACAAGCAGACUUCAAACCAGCUACUCUGUGCACUGCCAUUUAUGAUAACAUAAAUAUUUUUAAAGCAUUUCCAAAAAUGUGUUUUCACCUUUCCAGUCUGCCCAAAAAAAGCAGCAAUUAAGCAUUACAUUCAUUUCCUAAGAAAAUAGGAAGCACCUUGUUAACUAUUGCAUAUAAUGUUUAAAUUACUUAGUAGGGAAGAAAGAAGAGAGCUGAGAAAAUGCAGAAGGAAGAAAUGCUAUAGUGCUUUGGAUACAAGCCCCAAAAGGAGUACACAGAGCAUACCUGAAGACAUUGCCUGAUAUCCUGCUGGCUUACAAGCUUGCUACAGACUUUUCUGAAGCCAUGUAUUCCCAAAUCGUCACACAAGUGCUCCAUUUUGCAAAUGCCAUGCUGCAGAUGCAGCUCCCAUCACAGUGCUGCCCUUCAGCAGAAGGAUAAUGUAGCUGCAUGUUUACACGUCCUCCCUCUCAGAGGGAACAUUCAGCUGGAUUCACUCAAGGCUCCAUCCCUAUCCUCUGCAGAGCUCUUUUGCCAUCAGAGGAAAUCAGAGCCAGAACUAUUUGAAUAUCAUAAGUUUAGAAUUCCACAAAUAUUCUGAGUGUGCAGAGGUAGUUAUUUUAAUGGUUCUUAGAAAUUAUUUUAGGGCAACCAGCGGAGAUCAGGCACUCCAUUCACCUUUUCCAAGACUAGAUAAAAUACACUUUAGGCUAUUUGUGACAGACAUCUCAUGCAUCCCCUAACUGUCCUCAGCGACAGGCAUAAAAUGCUGUCCAGGUAACCAAUGCAGAAAUCAGCAAUGUUUAUAGCAUUGAGGAAAAAGGCCGUGGAACAAUCUGCAACAAGGGCGAGGGGAAGCUGUGUCGUGGCAUUUGGAGAUCUGGCCUCUCCUUCCAACAGACAGAUUCUGAGAUCAAGCUUUGUGGCUGCUCCAGUAACAGCCUCAACUGAGUAAUGGGCUCUGUGGCAGGAGUCAUGUAACCCUUGCUCUUAUCUACUUUGUAAUAAUUGCAACCUAAAUAUUAAAGCUCAUUCCUACAUCUGUGUUACUUUCAUGUCCAGAGAAAAUUAAGUAUCUCAGUCUUAAUCUAAAUCUAGCAGAUAUUGAAAACAAUCAAUUACUGUCUUUUCUUCCUGGUUUGUUUUUUUUUUUUAACUCUUAAGUACUUCAUAUCAUUAUUAGGCUGUGUUCAUUCUUCUCUGUCCUGAACUAAAUAAACCGAGCUGUUUCAAAUUUUUCCUGCAAGACCACAUUCUCCAAAGUUUUUUUCCUCCUGCAUUCCCUAGAGCCUUUUCAGUUAUUUUACAUUUUGUUUAAAAUGUGGUACCCUAGACUGGGAACAUUGCUUCAGCUGAGGCAUCAUCAGCACAAUAUUUUUAGAAUAUUUAUAUUCUUUACAAUACUAAUAUGUAGAAUAUUUGUAUUAAGGCUCUUUAAUCUGAUCUAUUGAUGUUUACUUUUUUUUCUAGUAAAUAUUUGGUAAAGCUUAAUGAAUAAUCUAAUCUACUUUCAGAACUAAGUCAGUUAAAUAUGUAAAUCUACUUUUUUUUUUUUACUCUUUUAUCCAUUUACUGCCACAGCAUUUCACAAAGCAAAAUACAGUUUUUCAGAUACAGAAGAUGGAAAUAAGACAGGAUUGGAUCUUAUUGCCCAUUGGCCCAAAAAUGAGUCUGGGGCCAUGCCAAAUCACAUUUUUUCCACAGUGACAACCUAAAAUUACCACAGUUGUACUCAAAGUGUAGAUGCUGAGAUGAAAGCUAAUAAACUUCCAACUCCAGAGAGAUUUCACCCUCAAUGUUUCUAACAGGCUCAGACACAGCAGUGCAGCUUCCAUCACAAAUCAGAUUUCUGAUAUUUUCAAGCAAAAGAACAGCAAGAAUUGACUUGAUAUUUUCUAGUCAGGAAUAACCCAGAACUUCUUCAUAGUCCCUAAAAUACCAGACCUAACACCAAAAACCUUUCAGACUUUCCUCAUUGUAUCAUCAUUCAAAUAGUUAAUAAAAGGAAAAAAGAAGAAGAAGAAGAAAAAAUAAAAUGAGGGAGAGUCAAUGAAAGGCACAGCAACAUUUAAAGAAACUCUUUCUGAGUCACAUUGAAGAUGCUUUGGGGAUUUUCAUGCACACACAAGGCUGUAAAUUGAUAGGAAGUUCUGCCAGAAAGCAAAGUAUUAAAUAUAUCCAUUAGUUCCCUCUGCUGUGGGAACAGAGUAAGCCAAUCCAUGCCAAAUCUGAUGCUAUACUUUCUAAAAUGCUGUUUCCCAAAGGAAUAAACAAAAAAA